GGCGACGCUCACAAUGGCGUCUGGCGGUCGUGGACACACGAUUCAUAUGACCCAAGCAGAGUCAGACCGCAUUCGCCAAACGGUACAGACCAGACUGAAAAAAUGCGAAGAAGGUCGAGGCAAAGCCCGCACUCCGAGGGAGCCCAAAGCGGCCGUCAGUGAGGCAAAACAAGCUGGGCUGAUGGCUGACAUGAGUGGCGAAGUACAGCCUGGUCUGUCGGUCUACGCGGGCCGCGACAACAUUGUCGCCCUUGCUGUCGGCACUCCAUAUGCCCCUAGCACUACGCCGAUGGCUCAGCUGAAGCCCAUAUCGCUUGCGGAACUGACCAUUGACACCCACCAUCAUGGGUCCGUGCUCGCAGUGAAGCGGACUGGGCCUGUAGUACCGCUCAUCGCUUACUCGUGGACCGUUGUAGAGGACGAUGCGGGCCAUGCCGAAAGACUGGAAGUAUGCCUACAUAAGUCGAAGCGAGGCGAAGACAUGCUGGAUUCUGCCCGGGAGUUCAAGAUCAAAGAGCCGUACUUCACCAUCAAUGAACAGGGCGAGGCUACCAUUCGCGUCAAUCACCCUUCCGAUCUUGUAUGUGUCAAGGCAGUCGACAAGGCCAAUUCGGCUGCAAAGUACAAAGACAGGGGUAAUGCAGCCUUGAAGCGUGAAGAGUUGGUGGAAGCUGCAGACUACUAUGCCGCAGGGUUGCGACUGUGCGAGCAGGAUGCAGAAGCAGCAGGGUCUAUCGUUUACGAUCUUUACCGCAACCGGGCGCGCGUGAACCUGACCUUGCAUAGACUGGAAGAAGCCCAAGCAGAUGGUAUCGCCGCAAUCACAGGAGGGGAAGACGAAAAGUCUCGAACCCUCGACACCAAAGCCAAGUUUCACGCUGGACGAGCCGCUUACUUUCUUGGAGAUUUCGAGCAAGCGAAGCAGCUCUUCACCACAGCACUCACUCUGACGCCCCACGACAAAGACACUCAACUUCUCCUUCGCAAAACGGAAGCUCGCCUCCGCGAGCAAGCAUCCGGCGAAUAUGACUUUGCCUCCAUGAGAUCUCAACUCUCCCCAGUCAGACCCCGAGUCGAUGCGGCAACCUUCACCGGUAAUACCGCCAUUCGAUCGAGCCCUCUCGGUGGUCGCGGUCUCUUCGCCACCCGAGACAUCGCUCCCGGCGACAUCGUUCUCUGCGAAAAGGCGUUCAGUGUCGUCUGGUCGCACGAACCCGAAGCUUGGUCCGCAAUGACCUACGAUGUACGCGAUGACAAGAUCCGAGUGUUUCCCGCCGGACUGGCCGUUGCUUUGACUCAGAAGUUGUUGAACAAUCCGGGCCAAAUUGGCAAAGUCAUGGACUUGUACGGAGAUUGGAAGAGCCCUGGAGCAGGAGUAGAAGCGAUAGUCGACACCUUCGCCAUCCACGACAUCAUCUGCCGCAACGCCUUUGGACCCGGAGCAAUUUCCCCCGGAGGAAACUACGGCGAAGAAGACAUCCGCACAGCCAGCACAGGUCUCUGGCUCAUAGCCGCCUCAGCCAACCACUCCUGCAUACCCAACACCAAAAAAGAAUUCCUAGGAGACUUUCUCCUCCUCCGCGCCACGAAACCAAUUUCCCCCGGCGAAGAAAUCACUCACUCGUACACCCCCAUCGAUGAUGAUGAUAAUAACAAUAAUAAUCAUCCUCCUCCAACAAACGACGUCGACGCCCGCGCCGAAGCACUGCGCACGACAUGGAAUUUCACCUGCUCCUGUCCCCUCUGCGAAGCCGAACGCGCAGAUGGGAAAAGUCUCAGAGAGACUCGCAUGGAAUUGGCCGGUCAGGCGGCUGCUUUCUUGGAAUCUACUCCUUCAAAGAAUCAAAAUGCGAAGAGAGUCAUGGUGGCGAAAGCAGAGAAAAUUUCUCGCGCUCUGAGAGAGACGUAUGAUGAGGAGAGAUGGAAGGGGUUGCCGAGGGUUAUGGCUAGGCCGAUUGAGGAGUGGUUGGAGGGGGCGAGGAGGGGGAAGAGGUAG